AGGCAUGGUGAGGGGGCGGCGGGGCUGCUGCCCGGCCGCUGCCCCCUGCCCCCGGCCGCCCCCACGCCCCCUCCCCCCGCGCCAUGGAGCUGGAGAACAUGGUGGCCAACACGGUUCUGCUGAAAGCCCGCGAAGGAGGUGGUGGCAAGCGCAAAGGCAGGAGCAAGAAGUGGAGGGAGAUCCUCAGGUCCCCGCACAUCAGCCAAUGCGAUGAGCUGCGCAAGGGCCUGGGUGAGCCAUCCCCUGGCAGAACGAGAUGAUCGAGACCGAGUGCUUCAAGGACCUCAACGCGUUCGGCCCCAGCGGCAGCCGCUCCCCGACCUGGCCUGGAGGCAGCUGCCCGAGCCCCGCAGGCGCAGCCUCCUGCACCGGCUCUUCCGACGCCGCCCGACCGACCCCGCCGUGGGCAGCGCUGUCCGGCCCCCGCAGCCCGAGCCGGGGAGCUCGCACCCUCCCGCGGCCAACUCCGCCGUCCAGACCUCAGCCCCGGCCCCGUCCAGACCCCUGUCGCCGUCCGGGGGCGGCCGCCACCCCCCCGACCCCCCUCAGGGUGCUCCGGGGGCUCCGGGGGGCCGGUGCAAGCCCAGCGAGCCGCCGGCACACGUGGGCAGGGAGAUGGGGCAGAGGCUCCCAGACCCCCAGCAGCUCCCCAGCCCCGUUUCCCCCAGCCCAUUCCUGCCCCCACCCCCAGCUGCCCCCAUCCAGCCGCAGCCAGGGGAAAGGAAUGGGGCAGGGACCUGUUUUUGCUGCGUUUGAGCCUGCUGUGUGACCUCCACGGGCUGGGGGAGGGGGGCUGGGGGUUUAUCUGUGCUCCCAGAAACAAAAGCAGCCUUGGAGUGGGGGGAGGGGACACCCUCAGCUCCCCUCAGCCGGCUGCAGCUGCAGGGAUGGGGGUCACCCUGACAGUGACCCCCCCAAACCCGGGAGGAACAACCUUCCCACUCCUGCUUCGGCCAUGGCAACACACACCAGGCUCAGAGAGGGGAUUUGGUGGUGUGGGGCAGCGUGGGGGUCUCUGUGGCCUCACCUGGGGGGUGCCCCAGCAGGGUGCUGGGGGUGCCUGAGCCCCCUCCCCAGCGUGUCUGUGCCCCUGGUGCUUUGGUUGCCCCUCGCUGGGGUUUUGUAGGUUUGUGGCCUGUUGUGGCUGUUUGUUGUGACUUUUUACCUUCAGCACCACGAGGGACAGGGGGUUUUUAAGCUUAAAAGCUGCAAAGGGAGCUGUGUGGUGACCUGGCAGCAGGACAGGGGGUGCUGGGGGGCUGCAGGGGCUUUCUCUGCUGUUUUACCCCCCUGCCCCAGCAUUUUCCUCCCUCCUCACUGCCCCAUGGAGGGUGCCCAUCUUGCAGUGGGGCUGUGCCAUCAUCCAGGGCAUGCCCUCACUCCCAGCACCCCAGCUCAGCAGAGCCCGGCUCAGCACCAGCAGCAGAGGGUCCAGGGUGGGAUCCAGGCAGUGCCUGGGGCCUCAUCCUGAGCACACAGGGGCUCAGGCAGCCAGACUGGCCCCGCUCCCUCCUGCCCCGAUGCAGAGGCACCGUCCCAGAGCCCCAGGUAGGUGCUGGCCCCCGACUCCCAGAGCCCUGAUCCCCAGCCCAGCGCUGCGGCUGCCCCCCGGGGCCGUCCCCCACCGGAGGCUGCUGCACCCCUCCCCACACAGGCUCAGCAGAGGGAGCCCGAGGGACCAUGUCUGCAGGAGAUGCUGAGCUCACAUCAGGAGCUGGUACCUGGGGAGCAGCUGGAGGGAGCUCAGGCUGGGGCAGAGCUGCAGCAGCCACCCAGGAGACCCCCUUCAGCACCAGGCAGGGACCAGGAGCACGGCUGCAGCCGGGAACCCCCAGGAACCAUCGGGGAAGAGGAUGGUGCAGCACCAGCAUUGCAUCACUGACCUGAACACGAGGGGUCUUCCUGAACACGAGGGGUCUUCCUGAACACGAGGGGUCUUCCUGAACACGAGGGGUCUUCCUGCACGUGCUGGAGGGGCAGCACCUCAGGGAGCAGCAGGAUUCUUGCUGGGUGCCAGCUGCGCAAGGAGCCCGCGCCUGGCCUUGGCCCCCCGCCCUGCCGUGAGUGACGGCUCUUAUCUCGCUGCUGACAAGCCAGCAUCCUUCAGCUGCUCUACUUAAGGCUGGGUGCCCGUGGGGCUGGGCCAGAGCAGCCACAGACACAGCCCCCAGCAGCCCAGGGCUCCCAGCACCACGGGAAGAUGCUGCCGGCCACCUUCAAGCUCUGCGCUGCCAUCUCCCACCAGCACCUGCGCAACGUGACGGGUCUGAGAAGAAAAGCAGCCGUGGCCAUCAGCCAGGAGCUCAGCAAACUCUCCUGCCACAGCCCCGGCCCCGGCACGUGGAUUAACCAGGUCCGCAGACGAAGCUCCUUGCUCAGCUCGAGGCUGGAGGAGAAGCCCUUCAGCGAGAUGGAAAUGUCUUACAUCAAGCAAGGAGAGGAAGCCCUCCAGAAAUCCCUCAGCAUCCUCGAGGACCAGGAUGGCUGGAAGACAGAAACCAUGGUGCGCAACGGGGACAAGGUGCUGAGCAAGGUGCUGCCGGACGUGGGGAAGGUGUUUCGGCUGGAGGUGGUGGUGGAUCAGCCCCUGGACGCCGUGUACAGCGAGCUGGUGGAUAACAUGGAGCAGAUGGGAGACUGGAACCCCAACGUGAAGGAGGUCAAGAUCCUGCAGAGGAUUGGCAAGGACACGGUGAUCACGCACGAGAAGGCAGCAGCAGCCCCCGGGAACAUCGUUGGGCCGCGGGACUUCGUGAGCGUGCGCUGCUCCCGGCGCCGCGGCUCCACCUGCGUGCUGGCCGGCAUGGCCACGCAGCACCGCGCCAUGCCCCAGCAGGACGGCUUCGUCAGAGCGGAGAACGGCCCCACGUGCAUGGUGCUGCGCCCGCUGCCCGGCAGCCCCUCGCAGACCAAGCUCACCUGGCUCCUCAGCAUCGACCUCAAGGGCUGGCUCCCCAAGAGCAUCAUCCACCAGGUUCUGUCCCAGACGCAGAUGGAUUUCGCCAACCACCUCCGGCAGCGCCUGGCCCAGGCUGGGACCUGCUGAGGGGCUGGGGCAGGGGCAAAGGGGGCUGGGCUGAGGCAGAGCUAACGAGCCCAGGGCUGGAGUAGGAGACACCACUAAUUAACGGGGUUUCAAUGAAGAAAGCAAGCUUGCUUUGUUGAAACUGGUGAGUGGGGUGCAGGGCCCUGCCUGGGCCUCUGCUCCUGGGCAAAGGCAGGACCAAAACCUCUAUUUAUUUCAAUUAAUAAAUAAAGCUUUAAUUAGUGAUGUCUGCUAGUAAAGGCCUUGGGGGGCAUUAGUUAUUAGGGACCUGACCCACCCCAGGCCUGACACCUCCCUCUCCUCCCCAGCCACAGCCCAGCCCUCCACCUUUUAUUCCCUUCCCCUGAAGCAGCUCUAAUUUAUUUUUCCCCUGCACAGACAAAGUGCCCCGUUAUUUAUUCCCUGGGAAGCUCUGCAGGGGGGGCAGAGGCAAGAGGGGCCCUGGAGCUUCAGCUUGUGAGCUCCACUGUGAGGCCAGGUGGAGUGUAAAUCCCCUUCAUCACAAAGCAUAAGACAGAAAACAAACAACAGUAGGAGUUAAAAGCCUUUAUUCUUAAACUGAUGUCCAGGCUGGGGCAGGGAAGGGAGAAGUUCAGUCUGACAGGCAGUGGCCCAGUUCCACCACCACCCCUGGGGCUGGAAGCUGCUCCCAGGUUCUGGAUCCCGCUGCAGCACGGGAGAUGAGACCCCAAGCCUCGUGUUCCCAGCCCUGUAAGAGCUGCUGCAGGCUCCCAGAGCUCCUCUGCAGGUUCCUCUGACAGACAGCACAGCCCAGGCUGGCCCCUGAGGCCCAGGAUGGCCCCCCCAGGCCCAGCUCUGGCUACGGCUCCCAGGGGGGGCUUCGCCUCCCAUCCACCUCUGUCUCCACGUGGUAGAGGACGUCGGCCAGCGUGUGCUCCACCACAGCCCCCCAGCCCAUGUCACUCAUCUGCAGGGAAAGGGGAGGCAGGCAGGGAGCUGUGAACAUGGGCAGAGCAAAACCAGCCCUGUCCUACAGCUCUGGGGGGGGAAAAAGGAGUCCCAGCACAGUGGGGGCUGGAAGGACCCUGCAGAGCUCACCCAGCCCCUGCUCAAGCAGGUUCCCCUGGCUCAGGGGGCACAGGAACAUGUCCAGGUGUGUUUGGGAACCUCCUGAGAAGGAGCCUCCACCCCCUCCCUGGGCAGCCUGGGCCAGGGCUCCCUCAUCUUUACAAAUAAAGAAGUUUUUCCUUGUAUUUAAGUGGGACUUGUUGUGUUCCAGCUCAUGUCCAUCACCCCUUGUCCUGGCACCGGCCUCCCCAGAACAAAGACCACCCACCCUUUAGGUACCUGUAUGUAUU